ACUUAAUGCUCUGAUUCCCCGGACAAUCGUGGCCUUCCGCGAAAGCUUGUCCUUCUGUCUACCUUCUGGCUGCCGUCGUUAUGUAUUUCCAGGGUUAUCUGGGCAGGAUCGUAUGCCUCGUAUGGCUUCUGCUUGCUCUGCAAGAUGCAUGGUUUGUUCGCGCAGAGGGUUUUACCUUUCCGACAUCAACCGAGGAUAAGUUCAUUGUGGGAGACCUGGUCAAUGUGUCUUGGAAUGUGGUCACAUCGCGCAUUUCUCUGUACGAGGUGUGCAGCUCGGCAGUUGCGCUGGAAUUAAAUGUCACCAAUGAUUUUAGCUAUGUUUGGAAUGCAACCCGCGACAACUACCGAGAGUCUGGAUGCGCCUUUGAGCUUGCGCCACUGGACUUUAACGGCAAUCCCAAUCCCCCAAACCUCACGAGCGAGAUGUUCGGCGUCAGCAAGCGCUAUAAUGAUGACCCUGCACCGGUAUCGUACAACUUUUAUGGCACGACCACUACCAGCACUGCAACUGCGACGUCUACUUCGGUAACAACCAGCACCGGUACCCACACCAGCACCAGCACCAGCACCAGCACCAGCACCAGCACCAGCACCAGCACCAUCUCCACUGCGGUGGCCGAAACAUCAGCAGCAUUCUCUACACAAACCGCUGUUGCCCAGAAGACUGGUCUCACUGUUGCCCAGAAAGUCGGGAUUGGUCUCGGGGUUCCACUGGGAGUGCUAGCGAUCGCUGCAAUCAUCGGGGCUCUCGCUUUCCUGUACCGUCAUCGAUUGCGAAAAGAGAGGGAUUCGGGACAUUUUCCGACCAUGGACCAAGCAGCAUCCCCCAUGGUGGUGGAGGAAGCGAAAGUCCCCUCAGACCCUCGCAUGUCCAGGGCCGAGACUCUGAUUGCAGAGCUGCCUUCGCACUCUGAUCUGGGAGGUAUAGAGGAGAUGGACAGUAACCGGCCGAUAAGUGAGCUGAUGGGAACGCCCCGGAACGAGCUCCAUUGACUUGAUGAAGGUGUGAUUGUUGGUAAUAUGCGUUAUGAUUAUGACUACUUACUGAGGGAGGACUACUUACUGAGGGAGCACCUUUUUAGUUAUGUGGAUCAUGUAAUAUCUAAUGGCCUGAUACAGACAUGUUAAUUAAUAUAAUCAUGGAUACUCGGCUAUCUCCGUCUCCCCCUCCCCUUGGGGUUCGCAAAGCAAAGCAGACCUAGAUAU